GAUGGUCUAACGGUCAUGAUUUCCGCUUGUCAUAACAGACAGAGCGCGGGAGAUCGGGGUUCGACUCCCCGUCAGAGAGUUCUUCUCUUGAGUUCACGACCCUGGGCAGUUGUCCAGAUACUCAUCUUUUUGUUUCCCUUUUACCUUUUGCUUCACUUUUUUAGGGGGGUGCUUUUUAUAAGGAAAGGUUUUGUGGAGAGAGCUUGUCAUCAAGCGAGUUCUGAUAGUCAACGCGGGGUUUAACUCCUUUUUACACCUUUGAAA